AUGCGAAGGUCCAGCUGCUCCAUUCAUCCUUCUCCUGCGGCUGACUUUACCUGGGCCGUCAGCGCCCACUACCAGGUGUCAAUUCAGCCUGAACCAGUUGCGCUGGCUGCUGCCAGUGCAGCCACUACGGUCUCCGCCCCGCACCAGCCGAACGCCGUCCCACUGGGCGCUGAUUGGCUCCCUGGAGAAGGGCGCCCCGCCCCUUGGCCGCGAGGCUCCGGGUCCCUGCGCCGACUUCACGCGUUGUGA